AUGGUUGGAAGUCUCGACUGUAUGCACUGGCAGUGGAAAAACUGCCCAACCUCAUGGAAAUGGCAUUUCACCGGUUACAAAGGAAAGCCGACAAUCAUCCUGGAGGUGGUUGCAUCAUACGAUACUUGGAUAUGGCACGCCUAUUUUGGACUUUCAAGCUCCCUCAAUGAUAUCAAUGUCCUUGGACAGUCUCUGUUAUUCGACGAAAUCUGUAGAGGUGAGUCACCUCGAGUCAAAUACCAUGUUGGAGAUCGCCAAUAUGGUCAAUGCUACUACCUAGUUGAUGGGAUCUACCCGAAAUGGGGGACUUUUGUGAAAACAAUUAGAAACCCGAUCACGCCACAACAAGCUCAUUUUACAAAGAUGCAGGAGUCAUUCCGAAAAGAUGUGGAGAGAGCAUUUGGAAUACUCCAAGCUCGUUUUGCAAUUGUGAGAGGACCAGCUCGUGGAUGGGACAUGAAAGAUAUCCAGUACAUCAUGAUGACUUGCAUUAUUUUGCAUAACAUGAUUGUUGAAAAUGAGCGCGAUGAAACUGAAGAUAAUCAUGAAGUUGAUCCCGAUGAGGUCCCAACAAGACCAAAGAGAGCAGAAAUAUAUGACCACUACGAAGUAGAUCAUUUGGUUGAGUGUGAUCCUCCUGCACUUGGGGAAUUCAUACAUCGAUACCAACAGGUUAGGUGUCCAUUUGUGCAUAAAAGCCUCCAGGAGGAUUUGGUUAAUCACCUAUGGAAUGAGAAGCAGCAGGCAGAGCAGAACCGCAUAUGA